CACCCACCCACGGCGAAUAGCGUCCAUUGUCCCGUCCAGCUCCCAACUCACUCUUGCUUUCCUACAAGUUAUUACAUUGCUAUCCGAUGGUCGGCCCGGGAAGCGAAUCGAGGCUGCCGAGAUCAGAUCUAGCGGCCAGAUGGUGCAUUGUGAUGCUGAUCUCAGCGGUUUUGGUUGGGCCGAGCACUUGUGCCGCGAAAACCAGGCACUUCAGAUGGGAAGUGGAUUACAAGUACUGGUCUCCGGACUGCGUCGAAGGGGUGGUCAUGAGCAUCAACGGGCAGUUCCCGGGGCAGACCAUACGGGCCGUGGUCGGCGACACCAUCUCUGUCGAGCUCACCAACAAGCUCAGCACGGAGGGGGUCGUUAUCCACUGGCAUGGGAUCAGACAGCUGGGGACUCCAUGGGCAGAUGGUACAGCCUCCAUCUCGCAGUGCCCCAUCAACCCUGGAGAGACUUUCACUUACAGAUUCAAAGUUGACAAGGCGGGGACAUACUUCUACCAUGGGCAUUACGGGAUGCAGAGAUCGGCGGGGCUGUACGGGUCGCUGGUAGUGCAGGCGGGAGAAGGAGAGAAAGAGCCCUUCCGCUACGACGGCGAGUUCAACCUCUUGCUCAGCGAUUGGUGGCACAAGACCGCGCACGAGCAGGAGCUCGGCCUCUCUUCGGUUCCUUUCCGUUGGAUUGGCGAACCUCAGGCUCUGCUGAUCAAUGGAAGAGGGCAGUUCAGUUGCUCUUUGGCCGCAAGCUACAGCAACUCCACGUCCGCAGCUCAGUGCAAAUUUGGAGGGGGUGAACAAUGUGCACCUCUCAUUCUUCCUGUGCUCCCAAACAAGACUUACAGGCUCAGGCUGGCCAGCACCACCGCCCUUGCUUCUCUCAACUUGGCCAUUGGGGGUCACAAGAUGGUGGUGGUGGAAGCGGACGGUAACUAUGUCCAACCUUUCACCGUUGACGACCUCGACAUUUAUUCCGGCGAGACCUACUCCAUCCUAGUAACCACCGACCAAGACCCACGCCAAAAUUACUGGAUCGCCGUUGGCGUCAGAGGAAGGCAGCCCAACACCUCCCAAGCCCUCACCGUCCUCAACUACCGCCCCAACUCCGCCUCUAAGCUCCCCGCCUCACCGCCCCCGACCACCCCUCUCUGGAAUGACUACAACCACAGCAAGUCCUUCUCCUCUAGAAUCCUCGCCCUGGCCGGCUCCCCCCGGCCGCCGGCGACCCACGACCGCCGGAUCUUCCUCCUCAACACACAGAGCAAGUUCAACGGCCAGACCAAGUGGUCGAUCAACAACAUCUCCCUCUCGCUCCCGCCGACGCCGUACCUCGGCUCGAUCAAGUACAACAUCCAUGGUGCCUUCGACCUGAGGAGCCCGCCGGAGAGCUUCCCGGCGGACUAUGACGUGAUGCGCCAGCCAGCAAACCCCAAUUCCACCGUGGGGAGCGGACUCUACACGCUAGGGCUCAACACGACGGUCGACAUCAUCCUCCAGAACGCGAACGCCCUGUCGGCGAACACUAGCGAGAUCCACCCGUGGCACCUGCACGGGCACGACUUUUGGGUGCUGGGCUACGGAGAGGGAAAGUUCGCGGCGGAGGACGGCGACAAGAGGCUGAAUCUGAAUAACCCGCCGCUGAGGAACACGGCGGUGAUAUUCCCGUACGGCUGGACCGCCUUGAGGUUCGUGGCGGACAACCCGGGGGCUUGGGCUUUCCACUGCCACAUCGAGCCGCAUCUGCACAUGGGCAUGGGGAUCGUGCUCGGAGAAGGAUUGGACGCGGUGGGGAAGAUGAAGAUACCGGGCGGGGCUUUCGCCUGUGGUCUGACGGCGAAGAUGGUGGCGAACAACGACGGCCAUAGCUGAGACAUGCCAAACGGCCACAAAAGAUAAUAUUGCCAAAUAUCGUGUGGGGUUUGACAAGUAUAGAUUACUAUUAAAGUCCUAAGUUGAAGAAUUGCAUUAUUUGGAAAAAUUAAUUUAAAAUAUUGGUCUUUAGAUUGAGUUUAAUUGACGAGAUACGUCUUCGGAAUUUAUUUUUUUUCAUGGUGGAAAAAGGAAAAUCUCUGUGGAUCGAGAUUUUCCGUCACGCAUUUUCCCAACUAGGAUUGAGUUCUUUUUUUUUUUUUUUUAAUAGUAAAAAGAAAAUGAGUGCUGAAAGUUUUUUACGGGGAAUUUUUGCGAAUAUAGUCAGGUCGAUGUUGUAAUUUGUAAUUUAUUUGGAAUUUGGGCAAUUGAAAGUAGUAAAAUUUUCUUAUAGCUCUGUGAAGAAUAUUCAUACGAGGCUUUUUU